AUAGCGGGAAACAUACCAAGUAUUUAUAUAGCUUAGACUACUUUCAGCUAGAUCUACUGUCAACAUACUUCAGCUUGCAUAAUCAAAACAAUUAUUUGAUUCACAAUUUGAGGUUGACGUUGACCAAGAAAUGGACUUUUUUCAACAAGAGUUCACUAAGGCGAUGGAAGCGUUCCAAUCUCAAAAGAUCCAGAUUCAAGUCCAACAACCUGACAUACUGCAGUCACUUGGCAUAUCCAAAGACUGUUAUGAAAAUUUGAGGAAGCUGCUCGCAUCGUCGAAGUUCAAAGACAAGCUUGAGAAAACGGAAACAAAAGACUUGAAAAAAUACAUUUCAGAUUUUAAUAAGCUCGAAGCCAAUUUUAACGUGACCUAUUUAAUGAUCUGCGCCAUGUUUGGAUAUGACGAGAAAGGGUUAGAGCUUAUACAAAACGGGGCAGACGUGAACCAAGUAAACAACGAAGGCCUCACAGCGCUGAUGUUCGCGUCGAUUUUCCAGAAUGAUGAUUUCGUCAAAAUGUUGCUAGAGAAUAAAGCCGAUAUCUACCUGAAGGACAGGCGCCACAUGAACGCCCUCAUGUGGAGUGUCUUACAAGGAUAUGAAGAUAUUGUAGAAAUACUGUUAGAACACAACGCCGAUGUCCAUUGUAAAACUCCCAACGGUCUAGACGCUCUUCACAUUGCUGUCGAGAAAGGAUUCACUAAGAUAGUUGAGAUGCUUCUGGAGAAAAACAUUUGUGUUUCAAGCAAGUCAUUAGACGGUCGGACUCCUCUUAUGAGAAGUGUUGCCUUGCCUGAUUCCAACAUUGCCAAACUGCUCAUAAAUAAAAACGCCGACUUGCAUGAAACAACUUAUGAUGGCAAAACCGCAUUGCACAUAAGUGUCAUCUGCCAGAACUGCAAGGGUAUAAGCCUCUUAAUGAAACAUGGGGCCAAAAUGAACUGUAAAGAUGCUUUAGGUAUGACUCCGCUGAUGUUUGCAGCAAGUGUUGACAACGCACAGUUAAUGCAUACAUUAUUGGACUUCGGAGCCAAAGAAACCAUCGAUGACGUCAAUAAGUUUAAGCAGAAUGCUUUAUGUUGGGCUAUCUUAAGAAAUGUAAAGAAUAUUGCCCACCUACUGAUUGACGCCAAAUCGAAAACAAAUAUAUUUGACAUUAACGGCUAUUCACCUAUUCAAUAUGCAAGUAAAAAUAAAUGCCCAGAAAUAGUAGAAAAACUGUUGAAAGACAAAAGUGAAUCAUGGCACACCAGCGAUGAAUAUCUAGUAUGUCUACUUGCAGCUGUAGAGGAAAACGACAUUGAAACUACGAGAUGUUUACUCAACUUUCAGAACAAGAAACAUAUUUUAUCCGAGAUAUUUGAAACCAGUGGGAAAUGUGAUUCGACUUCUCUUUUUACUGCAGUAAUGAGUGGAAACAAAGAGUUGGUUAAACUGCUUUUAGAUGCUGGUGCGGAUGUCAACGCUGUAAAUAUUUUUUUGCAAUCUCCUUUAUUUUCAAGCGUAUUAGAGAAAAACUUGGACAUGACUAAACUUUUAGUUCAAACAUAUAAGGCCAAAGUGAAUUUAAAAGAUUAUCGAGGGGAUACGCCUCUGAUUUUAGCUGCAUCAACAAAGAACAAACCUAUGGUGGACUUUCUUCUAAAAAGACAUGCAUCUAGGCAUCUGACGAAUACUCAAGGUAUUUCUGCAAUGAUGGAAGCAGCAUCCUCAGGAUGCAGAGACAUCGUUGGAGCUCUUCAUUGCGAGGGUUAUAAUUUGGAGCUUUCGGAUAGUCAGGGAUGGACGCCAUUGAUGUUCGCGUCAUUUUCUGGAGAUCAUUCGACAGUUGAAUUUCUGUUAGAUGUCGGAGCAAAGAUCGAUGCUUCUUCUAACCUAUGUGCUACCUCAUUGAUCAUCGCUUGUGGACAAAGUCAAGAAAAAGCAGUCUCAGUAUUGCUCGACCGCGGUGCAUCUGUAAAUGCUAAAGAUCUAAAUUGCCAAACAGGGUUGAUAUAUGCUGCAAGGAAUGGCCACAAAGCCAUAUUAGAACUACUCCUGCGUAGUGGUGUAGAUGUAAACCAGGCCGACGUUUUCAAGAGAACAUCCUUGAUGCACGCAGUUCUAAAUGCAGACUUAGAAAGCUUGAAAGUAAUAAUCCAACACAAAGCAGAUUGCUGUUUGGGAGAUGUCAAUGGUAUCACACCUUUAAUGCAAGCUGCUUACAUGGGCUUUACAGAAUGUGUUCAAGAACUUUUGGAAUUAAAGGUGCCUGUGGAUGAGGCUAACUUAGCUGGCAAUACUGCCCUGCACUUCUGCUCAUCCUGGGGACACUUAGACGCAGUGGCGAUUCUUCUUCUUCACAAUGCCAAUCCUAACGUCACAAACUUAAAUGGUGACAGCCCAAUAAUGUUGGCUGCUGCCAAAGGGCAUGAUGAGAUUGUGGAAAGAUUUUUAAAUUGUGAUCUUUGUGAUGUCAACCAAUGUAAUACAAAAGAUGGAAGAACUUCCCUAAUGAUUGCUACACAUUUCAACCACUUAUCAACUGUUAUGCUUUUGACAAAAAGUAAAGUCCAUGUUAACGCUAAGAAUAAGUCAGGAAAUACUGCCCUGCAUCUCAGUGUCAUGAAAGGAUUCACAGACGUGGUCAAGCAUCUCUUAACUGUUCAAAAUAUAGACAUUCAUUCAGAAAAUUUUUCUGGAAUGACUCCAUUAUUUCUUUGCGUUGAGCACCAUCAGUAUGAAAUUCUUGAAUUGCUCCUCAAACCUGGCAACGAUGUCAAGAAAACGAAUCGUUUCGGACAGGACGUCAUAACAUUCAGCAUCAAACUGAAAUCUUUGGCAGCUUUACAAAUACUCCAACAGAGAUGUCAGAUAUCUCCUGCGGAAAAGAAUCGUUACCUUGAGGUCGCAAGAAGAAUGUCCUAUUUUGAAAUAGUAGACUUCCUUCAGCAAUGGAAACCAUCAGUGAACACGCAAGAGGCAGACAACAUAGCGCCCUUUACUUUGCAAGCAUCAAUAAAAAAAGAGCCUCUACCCGACAUCGCUUCCAUGACAGUCAACAAUGCACGAAGCUCCAAUGAUCAUGAUCUUUUAUCGACCUCAAUGGAACAGCAAAUGGAUGAUUCAGACAGAUGCUCAGUAAACAGUGACCAGAUACUGAACUUACCGAUUGAUGACUUCAAGGCGUCCCCUUUAUUUAACUUGAGCGGUGAUUGGCGCGGAGCAACCAUCAAUGCCAAUAUCUUCACUGACCGAACCAGAAACUGUAUCAUCGGAAAAGAAAAUACUUUAAGUGAUCAGCAGUCUUAAAAAAUGGAAUAUAAGAGCAACAACAAUCCUGUUAAAGUGCAUGUAUCCCAUGGUUUAUCUUUCUUGAAAAGAUCACCGUUGAAAUAUUAACUAUGUGUCAAGUAAAGUAACGACAUUUCAGAAGCACACAGAUCUGAAAUGAGUUUUGUUUUAAUUCAUGUUUCAAUGUUGUUGUUUUUUAGAACUAAUAUAUUAUUUUCCUUAUUAACAUUCAACAAGAAACAUAUAUUCUUUUUGUUGAAAUAAAGCUCAUAUUUAAUGUCAUUAUAUUACAUAAUUUGGACCAGUCAUGUAAUUAAAUGUGUAAUAGAUCUAGACUAACAAUAAUACAUCUGUACAAUUAGACAUAUUUUACUAAUUGUUUUUUCUUUUGCGCAGUUUAUGCUUUUAGCUUUCUCAAUGCUCUAUAAUCAUAUCCCUUGUCUCAGAAAAGGAGGGGGGAGGAGAAAGAAUGAGGUAUUUGGGUGAAUUAUACCGUGAUCGCAUUUUAAAUGCAUUACAUUUUUUUUUUAAAGUUGUUCGACUUGAAUUUGAACUCGAGGGCUCAAGCCUCCUGAGGCCAAUAAACAAACCACUGUGCCAGUGAACUGCUUGUGAAAAUAGAAGGUUUUAUAAUUAUCGAUUGUUUGUUUCAAACUUUUAAAGCGACGACCUAAUUCUCUGAAUAAAGUAUAAAGGGGACUAAUUCAGCUGAUAACACCACAUUUGUCAAUUUCAUUUUCUUUCCUUGUUCUUUCCCCAGGUGCUUCUAGGACGCCCUCGCUCUUAUCUUGUGGGUUCCAGUUCAAUGCCUGCCUUCUCUUUCUCUUCCUCUACAGAUUCUUUGCAGGAGAUCACUGGCUGGAGAGUUACUGGCCGAAGGAUGCGAAGGGUUACAUUAAGGUACCUGUUAAUACAAGUUUUAGUUGUCCUCUAGGUCUGGGCUCAAUAGAGCAGAACGGCCUUAACACCAAAGAGACUAAUAUUAGUUUCUAAGGAAAUUUCUCUAGAGGUUCAGAUUUUCUUAAAUUGUAUGAAGGUAUGUAUGCAUGUAUUACUGUAUGUAUGUAUGCAUGUAUUACUGUAUGUAUGUAUGUAUUUAUUACUGUAUGUAUGUAUGCAUGUAUUACUGUAUGUAUGUAUGUAUGUAUUACUGUAUGUAUGUAUGCAUGUAUUACUGUAUGUAUGUAUGUAUGUAUUACUGUAUGUAUGUAUGCAUGUAUUACUGUAUGUAUGUAUGCAUGUAUUACUGUAUGUAUGUAUGUAUGUAUUACUGUAUGUAUGUAUAAAAAUCUGUUUGACCAAUCUUGAUAAAACAUGGCAUAAAUGUUCCUUAGAUCAUGGCGGAGACCGUAGUGUAUGUUUAAUGUCCCUCCCACAAACGAAAGCCCUAAAAAAAAAAAAAAAAACAACAACUAAAUUUAUCUAUAUUAAUUAAAGAACGAAAAUGUUUCACAAAUCUGGGAAAACCCGUUUUCACAGUAUUUUAUGUUUGAUAUGAAUAUAUAAUGGAAACCCAUUUUCACACUCUACUUUCAUUUUCGUGGCAAAGAAUUCAAAAAAUUGGAAGGGAGCAUUCUCCAUGUUUAAAUCCAAUUAACUAGAUCAGUAAUACCCAAACUAGGGCCCGCGGGUCACAUCCAGCUAGUCUAAUUUAAAUUUAAUGUAAAAAAAUAUUGAUGCUAAUUUAACAUAUGUUAUUAUGUCUGAUUAAAUUUUCUUUUUUUUUUUCAA